AUGGCCAUUACACCAGUAGCUAAGGAACGUUGUCAUGACUUCUUGUUUUUGAAGAUCAAUGUUCGCGUCAGGACUAUGGAUGCCGAACUGGAGCUCGCAAUCCAGUCGAACACCACCGGCAAGCAAUUAUUCGAUCAGAUUGUCCAAACGAUUGGUAUUCGUGAAAUAUGGUAUUUUGGACUUCAGUAUACCGACACGAAAGGUGAAGCUUCCCCACUUUUCCUUAUCUUCAAGGGUGUAUUUGCCAUAGCGGCCAUCUAUAACAACGAUUCUCGCUAA